CAUCACCUGUAAGCAAACAACAAAGUCGCAAAUCGUCAGUCAUGGAAGCCUCUGUCAGACUACUCACUUGUUCUAAUCGCCACCAUGUCUCCCCUUCUCUCUUCCUCAAACUCAAUUACAAGCCCCUUCCGUUAUCACCAUCUUCCUUUCGAACCCCUUCACUUUCUUCUCCCCCAAAGAAUCGCCCCCGCAUUUUCUUAUCACAUCGCAAUCCCUCCUCCCCACUUUCUUCCCCAUUUGGUUUUUCGAAAAAUCCAUUCCCAUCGCAAUUCUUGAAUCCCAUCUUAUCCAGCAAUCGUUUUGCUCGUAUAGUAUCAGGUACCCAAGAUAAAUUAUUCAAUUGGCAUUUUGCUGCUGGCAGUGAAAAGGGUAUUGAAAUUGGGGCAACACCCAAAGAAGGCCCAAUUGUGACGGUUGUGAUGUUGGGUUGGCUCGGGUCAAAGCCGAAACAUUUGAGGAGGUAUAUUGAGUUGUAUAACUCUAAGGGUAUUCACGCUCUAACGUUUGUUGCUUCUGUGAAAGAUGUUCUUUCUUUCGAUCUUGGCAAGAAAUUGGAGGAGAGGAUUGCUGUAUUGGCAAAUGAGCUUGCUUUGUGGUUGUCAGAAUCCGAUAAGGAUGGUCGUGAACGGUGUUUGAUUUUACACACUUUCAGUAAUACCGGAUGGCUUGCUUAUGGUGCUAUUCUUGAGAAUUUGAAAAAUAGACAGGAUUUGUUGGAAAAGAUCAAGGGUUGUGUCGUGGAUUCCGGUGGUGAUCCAGAUAUAAGCCCCAAGGUCUGGGCAGCAGGAUUUACUGCAGCCAUGCUGAAGAAGCGUAGCUCUUUUGCAUCUUCUUCAGUAGAAGCUGGAGAAGGAAAUGAAGUGGGAAGUCCGUUAACCUCGGGAAACAUUCAAGCUAAGGGAGCCAUGUUGAUGGAAACCGUUCUUUUCGCAGCACUUGAGAAGCUUUUCUCGUUUCUUCUUAAUUUGCCUGAUGUUAAUGAGCGGCUGACGAAGAUAAUUACUGUCCUUGUCAAGAACCAGCCUUCCUGUCCUCAGCUUUAUCUUUACAGUACAGCUGACAAGGUCAUUCCAAUUCAGUCAGUUGAAUCGUUUAUCGAAGAGCAGAGGAGAAGUGGGAGAGAGGUUCACUCUUUCAACUUUGGCUCUUCUCCUCAUGUAGAUCAUUACCGAACUUUUCCAGACAAAUAUGUAUCUGUAUUACAGAAAUUUCUCCAAGAAUGUACGCUCAUACCCAAAGAAGUGCCCAAAGGGAAAAAACGUCAAUAGAUCAAAGGAGUUGAGGGUGGUUAACCAUUCCUCGUAGUCGUUAUUGAAUUGCUUUAACUGGGGCAAUGUAUCUUAAGAGUUGCAAAUUAGUCUUGUGUUAAGUGGCUGUCAAUUGCUACUCAGGCAGUAAGAUUCUGCAAUGAGUAGAAAUUAGGAGGCUUUGCUGCAGUGGACUGGUAGUAGUUGCAAAUAAGAGUCAUUGGUCCAAAGUAGACUUACAUCUCCAGCAGACUGAAGCCAGCCAAUGUUUUCUAAUAACAUGAGGAAGGCCUUAUUUCCUUAUCUGUGUUUUAUUUAAUUUUUAAAAGUGAGCAUGUUGUUUGGUCCUUUGCAUAAUUUCUACUGAUGUUGCUACUUCCAUCCACGGAUUUAGCUA